CAUGAUUUGGACAGCCAUUUCCGUGGCACGGUGAGCCAUGGCCGGCUGGGAUUUGCGCUAUAUUUCUGAGGCGCGCCUAAAGAAUGAUCAAGAGCCAGAGGAGGAGGAGGUUUUGGAGGCCUUUGCCCAGGACCUACCCUGCCCACCGCGGCAGCAACCUCCCUUUGCGUGGAAAGUCGCCAGUGAGUUCGAGCGGGAGUUCGAAAUCAGCGGCUCGGAGUUCGAUGUUGUGACCAAACUUGGGGACUUCAAGGAUCCUCACUGGGUGGUGCCGGUGGGUGGGACGCUGCGUCUGCUCAAGGAGGGAAUGGAUGACCAGUUGGACCAGUUGGAGAUUGGCUGGCUUCUAAAUGACUAUUUGACAACAUUGGCAAAUGCACCGGAUUGGCUUGAGAGAUUCGCACCCUUGUUUGUUUCCCUGCAUUGCAAUCUCUUCAGUGCUCACAGAUCCAGAAUUCAAAAUUUGCACGCGAAUUUGAGGGGGGCAUCUACCGUUGGAGUCUGCGCUUGGAACACAUCUGUGCACAUCGGCCUCAGAUGCAGAUCGGCGUUCAUGGUGCCAAUCAUCGCAGGCCUUGGCGCCUUCUGACCACCACGCGCUGCUCCAGAGCGAAAGAUGAGGAUCCGUGGCAAGAGAAACCGGGUGGUGACAGGAUGUUGGUCGAAGGUGACUACAUCCAUGUUGAGGUGGACCUCCGGGGCCUCCACUUGCCCUUCGGCACCAUGGCGGUGGCCAUCAAUGGAGAGCCCUCGGAGGUGAUCUUUGAUGACAUCGCCCUCACCACGGGAUCCUCGCUGAUGCCCGUGGUGUGCAUGGGUGGACAUAUGUCUCGUGUGCGUCUGAUGCCAGCCUCGUGAGCGAAUAAGGCUCGCAUAGACGCGUCGGUUGGCUAUGUCCGAUCGAGCCCGGUCUAGAGCUGAUGACUCAGCAAGGCUC